AUGGUGCCGGCGCUGCGUUACCUGGGUAGUGCCCGCGGACGGGCGCGCGGGGGGUUCCCCGGGGCGUGCGGGCCGGCGUCGGGGAGGCUUUGGUCGCUGUGUGGGGGUGGCCGCAGCGCCAGCACCAGCUCAUUUGACAUAGUCAUUGUUGGUGGUGGAAUUGUGGGGCUUGCCUCUGCCAGAUCACUCAUCCUGCGACAUCCAGCACUUUCAAUUGGUGUUCUGGAAAAGGAGAAAGAUUUAGCUAUUCACCAGACUGGACAUAACAGUGGUGUCAUACAUAGUGGAAUUUAUUAUAAACCUGAAUCCCUGAAAGCUAAAUUAUGUGUACAAGGUGCAGCCCUCAUCUAUGAGUACUGUAACCAAAAGGGAAUUUCCUACAAGCAAUGUGGCAAGCUUAUUGUAGCUGUUGAACAAGAAGAAAUUCCCAGACUUCAGGCCUUAUAUGAGAGAGGCCUGCAGAAUGGUGUCCGGGGCCUGAGGCUGAUCCAGCAGGAAGAUAUAAAAAAGAAGGAGCCAUAUUGUAGGGGUCUAAUGGCUAUUGAUUGUCCAUAUACUGGCAUUGUGGACUAUCGGCAGGUGGCUUUGUCGUUUGCCCAGGAUUUCCAAGAAGCAGGUGGCUCUGUCUUGACCAGUUUUGAAGUAAAAGAUAUUGAAAUGGCUAAAGAAAGCCCUUCUAGAAGUAAAGAUGGAAUGAAAUACCCGAUUGUUAUAAAGAAUACAAAGGGAGAGGAAAUUCGAUGUCAGUAUGUUGUGACAUGUGCAGGACUUUACUCAGACCGAAUUUCAGAGUUGAGUGGCUGCAGUCCUGAUCCUCAGAUUGUACCAUUCCGGGGAGAUUACCUGCUCUUAAAGCCAGAAAAAUGCUAUCUUGUAAAAGGAAAUAUUUAUCCGGUCCCAGAUAGCCGGUUUCCUUUCCUAGGAGUUCACUUCACACCAAGGAUGGAUGGCAAUAUUUGGCUAGGGCCUAAUGCAGUUCUUGCCUUUAAGCGGGAGGGUUACAGACCCUUUGACUUCAAUGCCAGAGAUGUUAUGGAUAUAAUUAUAAAUAGUGGCUUAAUUAAACUGGUGUCCCAGAAUUUCUCCUAUGGAGUUAAUGAAAUGUAUAAAGCCUGUUUUCUUGGUGCAACAGUGAAGUACCUUCAAAAGUUCAUCCCUGAAAUCACUAUCAGUGAUAUACUUAGAGGUCCAGCGGGAGUAAGAGCCCAAGCUCUGGACAGAGAUGGAAAUCUGGUAGAAGAUUUUGUAUUUGAUGGAGGAGUUGGGGAUAUCGGAAAUCGCAUUCUUCAUGUGAGAAAUGCGCCUUCCCCUGCUGCCACUUCUUCCAUUGCAAUUUCUGAAAUGAUUGUGGAUGAAGUACAACAAAGAUUUGAAUUGUAAAUAAUGAAAGGAGCUAGGUAUGCAUUGUAAUCUUCAUGUCAGCAACAAGAAUGUACUAAUUGCGUUCUUUA